AUGUGGUUCCGCCGCUGUGUCUUUCAAAUACCAUUCAAACUCGAUAUUUCGACGUCCGGCAAUCGCUACAUGAUGCUAUGUUCCGGCAAUCACCCUCACCCUACCCACCUUCCUAGGCAUGAUUCACUCUUGCAAUUAUUUUUUGAUUUUUAUAAGUCCGGCCAUCACUACGUGGCAGCACAUAGUGCUGCUUGUCAUUUUCUUGGUGUAACUCCACCCCACGGCUCAAAUUUGUUUUUUCAAGUUCCGGCAAUCGCCCUCCCACUACCCACCUUUGAAGACAUUAACCACUCUUGCACUUAUUUUCAAAGUCUGGCCAUUGUUACGUGGCAGCACAUAGUGCUGCGUUUCAUUUCCUUUGUGUCACUCCACCCCACCGCUGAAAUUCGAUUUUUCACGUUCUGGCAAUCACCCUCCUGCUACGACUCCCCAUUGGUCAUGCAUCACACAGUGCUCAAAUCGCAGGCACCACUCUCGCCUCCCCCCACGCAACCUAUGUCGACCCUGGCCUUGCCACCAACCGAUGCUUUUCAUGACGUCACGCAUGCCACGUCGUCAUCAUCAUCAUCCUCAUGUCUCUCUCCCAUUUUAUCUGUGCAGGGCCUCUCUCCUAUAUUAUCUGCCACAGACUCGCUGGAUGGCACCGAUACCACAUCAUCAUCUUCAUACCAAUCCACCUUGUGCCUGAAGUCUGAAGGCGUAGACCCUCUACUCUCGCCUCUCUCUCCAGAGUGGGACAGCAACAGUAUUUCCCACAUGCAACCCACUGAGUCUCUGGAGCAUUCUUAUCUCUUACGUGAUACCCCAUCUAUGUUGACGUCAUCACCCCUAUCAUCAGUGUGA